AGCCGUCUUGGCUAGAAAACCCAGUGCGCCUCCCGGGGCUGGUGACUCUCAGACCCGGGCGUCGGCGCGAGAAGGACUGAGCUGCUCGGCGCGCCCAUGCGCCGCCGGGCCGCGUGGCCGCUGGCGAAGCCUGGCGGCCGCGGCCGCAGACAGCGGGAGGCUUGGCCACACGGAAGAGUGGCCCUCUGUGACUCUUGCCUGCCCUCCGACGUCGCAACUUUUUCGUGGCACGGUUCACCUGGUGAUCUCGUCGCCUCCUUCCCCAUGGACCGGCUGUUCAUCCUGAGUUGUGUCUUGAAGGCCGGAGCGGCCGUCGCCCUCGGCGCCGCUGGCCUCGCGGCGGGCGGCGUCGCGGCCGGCGGCCCGCCGCGGCCGGUGGGGCCCGCGGCGAGGGGCGGCGAUGAGCCCUGG